UCCCCGCAAUCUCUCUCUCUCUCCCCAUAAAUACCUACCCCUCUCUUCCUCACCUUCCACAUCCUACAUUAACACACUCUCUCUCUCUCUCUCUCUCUACACACGGAGGGUCUUUUGUUAGCAUGGCAAAGGAAGUUGAGAAAACAGUAGUAACAGAGCAGGAGAUCUCAGCGAAGGACUACCACGACCCGCCUCCAGCUCCGCUAGUGGACGUGGUGGAGCUGACAAAAUGGUCGUUCUACAGAGCUAUCAUUGCAGAGUUCAUAGCCACACUUCUCUUCCUCUACAUCACCGUCCUCACCGUCAUCGGCUACAAGAGCCAGAUUGACCCCAUCAAGAACCCUGACCAGUGUGGCGGUGUCGGCAUCCUCGGCAUCGCAUGGGCCUUCGGCGGCAUGAUCUUCGUCCUUGUUUACGGCACCGCCGGUAUUUCUGGUUAGUAUAAUCUAAAACCAUCAUUUACCAUUUUACUAAUUUAAACCCUAAUAAUUAUACAUAUUUUUUUAUUAGUUAAGAUUGUCACUGACCUUUGUAAACAAUAAUUAUUCUACCUGCACAAAAAUAUAUGGCUGAAUUGAUGUAGGAUUAAUAAAAAGUGAGAUUCAUCUCAUGUAAAAGGGUUCUGUUUAAUU